AAACGACAGUUUUAAUCUGACCCUCGUAAUCAGUCCUUGAUCUUUUGUUUGUGUUAAAGUUAAUGUAGUUUUGCGUUGACUAUUAAAAACGUGUAGAUUUUAUAAAACUACCAUACAAUAUGUUUGUUCUUGCAAAAAGGGAAAUGGAUGCAAUUAACAAAUCUGAAAAGGAAGCUAUACAUUCUGGGCACUUUAUGGUUUCACAUUUCGAAGCUGAAGAACAAGAUGAUGAAUAUGAAGUAGCAGUUCCAAUACCUGAAGAAGAUGAAGUUAAAGAUCCUCUAAUCAGAGAAACAAGCGAUAUUCCAGUUGAACGCAUUAAUAAGGUCUUUAAACUUGCUCAUCAGUUGUCUAUCGACACUAGUUUGGCCAAAUUAUUCCAGUGUAUGUCAAUAGCUUACAGACAGAAGCUUACUUCACCAAAAUGGAAUAGAUUUCGAGGAAUAAGACUAAGAUGGAAAGACAAAAUUAGAUUGAACAAUGUUAUUUGGAGAUGUUGGCAUAUGCAAUUUAUCAAGAAGCAUAAUACUUUGGUUUGUCAGUUUGCCUCUCCGCUGGAUGUUGACACCCAUAACAAACCUGAAGCUAUUGUAUUAGAAGGAAAAUAUUGGAAAAGAAAAUUAGCAGCCGUUACAGCGGAAUAUAAAAAAUGGCGAAUGUUUUACAGAGCACAAAUUUCGGGACAGUCCCUCAAAGACAAUUUGGAAACUUUGAGCGAAUUAGAUGCGUUAACGUGGCAUUCACAAAGCUCCGACAGUAUGAACAUGAUGGUGGAUGAGGAUUAUAUGAGCCUAAUGAGCGAUACUCUCUUUUCUACAAUUACCAACCAGCCCUUUGUUUUUCCAGAUUCUCGUGAAAUAGCAAGAGCGGGAAUUGCGGAUUUCAUACAACCCAGUUUGGGACCACUGCAGCCCAAUCUCGACGAUUACAUGGACACAUUCGAGCCGCUACAAGAGUUCAUUUCAUGUAAAUUGCCAACGGUGCCUGAGGAAAACGGAUCAGAUAUUAAUUGUAAACAAGAAAAUCAACAGAUCGUUAAUUGGUGUUAUUCUGAUCUGGAUCUUUUAGAGGGCAACUCAAACAUCAAUUCUUUGACUUCUUCUGAAAUAAUCGACCAAUAUCAACCUAUGGAGGCGGUAUCUUUAGAAAAGCAACAGGAUUUGGCGUCUUAUGAUAACGAUAUGGUGUUGCAAGCGCCUUCCAUGGUCCAGUUUGUACCUCAAACUCCUUCGCCAACCACACCACCGCCUCCUCUUCCUCCUCCCCCACCUCCUGCAACCUAUCAACCGCCAAACUCUUCGUAUCAAAUGCCUGCAAUAUCUAAAGGAAACAAGAAGAAGUUAUCGCCUUCUCGGAGCAUGAAACAGACUCAUAUUGAACAACAGCAGCAGUUUUCUAGUUACAGAAAAUCAGUAGAACAGGGAUUUUCUUCGAACUAUGCCCUUCAGAAUUCAGUAGUCGCAGCUGAUUCGGUCAAAAUACAAACAAUACUGCCACAACAAGAGACUGUGUCUUACAACGUCCUGCCUCAUCAGCCUCAGCAGCAGCAGCAACAGUCCUUUCAAGCGUUCAAAUUCACCACUCCAUUAAACGUCCCCAAUAUAAAAUUUUCGUCUCAGACAGCACACAGUUAUAAAGCAUCGAGCGGAAGCCAGUCCAAUCCAGCGCUAAAUGAAAUCGCAAAUCAGAGGGUUUCGAAAAUUGAUAGUUGUAUACGAUCGACGCACACCAAGUCGUCCCGUCAAAGGUCCGUGUCACAUACCAGGGAAUCACCCAAAAGACCUCCACUUUUAUCAGCUGUUAGCGAUCCCGCUUUAGUUACCCCCUCAACAAGUGUUUUACUAACACAACUUCUUACCAGUAAUUCACCAAGUAAUGUUCUCUUACACCAAAACGCUUCCAUUUCCUCAACAUCUGCCUCUCAAGAGCAACAAACGAUUGCCUCCAGAAUGAAAGAUGAUUCUACUCCUUCGAAAAUAUCAAGCAUAACUCACACAUCACCCGUUCCCUGUGCACUUAUAAUUAACACGGGGCCCUUUGCGACCCCUACGACCGGUACCGAUCCAUUGUUCAUUGGUCAAAUGAAUACAUCGAAUUCCAACAGUCCCGUUCAUUCUCACAGUUCUCCCACUUCACCACAAGCCGACUCUCCUCCCCGAGACUCCUUUGGCAGAGAUCAGAGAAGAGCCGGUCAUAUUCAUGCCGAACAGAAACGUAGAUACAAUAUCAAGAACGGUUUCGACAUGAUUCAUUCUCUUAUACCGCAACUUAAUCAGAAUCCCAAUACAAAGCUAAGUAAAGCGGCAAUGCUACAAAAGGGGGCUGAAUACAUCAGGCAACUACAGCAAGAAAGGAGUCAACUCAAAGAUGAAAUGGAUAAUCUUCGACAACAGAUUGAAACACUUAACACAGCUAUAAGUAACUGUCAGUCAAUGCUGCCAGCAACUGGUGCUCCAGUAUCUAGGAAACGCAGUAGCAAAAUGCAAGAAAUGUUUGAUGAGUAUGUUAGAAAAAGAACGAUGGAAGAUUGGAAGUUUUGGAUUUUCAGUUUACUGUUUAAACCACUUUUGGUAUCGUUUAACAAUUUUGUCUCCACAUCCAGUAUGGAUGAUCUUUACCGUUCAACGAUGCUCUGGAUAGAGCAGCACUGCACUCUUGUUGAUCUCAGGCCAAUCGUCUUAAAUUCCUUAAGGUAUUUAUGCACGAAAACUGACAUCUUGUCAGACCCGGAAAUGUUACCAGAGCAAGCGAGACAAAUCGUUAUGUCCCCCAACAGUAAUAACAGUCAGAAUUGAUAGAAUGCCUUAAAUCGAAUUAUUUAGAUAAGAUAAAUCGGUUGCUCAAAAAAGUAAUAAUAAAAAACGUCGGCGAUUUUGUGAUAAUUGAAGUGCAAAAUAACAUUAGUUAAUCUGUAUUCUUUUCUUGUUCCCUUCCUUAAAACCGUUAAUUUUUUUAAUUACUUUUUGCUUUUGAAAGUUGAUAAUACUAUAUAAUUAAUAACUUUAAAACUUUACGAAUUACUACGAGUGUUUAUUUUGUAUGAACUGUGUGUCUUCAGAUAACUAAAACGUGAGAAAUCAUGGCACAAAAUACUUUAAAUAUUUUAAAAAUAGAGUCCUAGUUUUUCAAACAUUUGAUCUUUAGUUUCCUUCUUUUAUUACAUACUUUUAACCGUUAUUCCUUGUUUAUAGUACAAGAUUAUUUAUUGUAAGGUGCAAAUAAGUUUAAUUGUUCUGUUGUAAAUCAAAAUGAAAAAGAAAAAAAUUAUUCACAUUUGACGAGUCAAAUAACAUUUUUUUUAUUUUAAUAUUGGGUACUUAUUAUUAUAUUAAUAUAAGGAAGAAAAAAACGGUAAAUUAUCUAAGUUUAUAAUAAGAAUGUUAAGGUUUUUUUUAUUAUUUCUUUUGUCUUUUAUUGCAUUCUGAUUUACCAUAUUUUACGUCUAAUGUUGUUUUAUAUGCAAAAAAAAUAUGUAAUUGUAUAUAACUUUUAAGAGAUUUUAUAAAAUCAUGUUGUUUGA